CCGCGCGUUUCCCCCGGACGACUUCAGGGGUUGCACCCACGUUGUUGCCGUAGUAAAUGUAGGAAUAAGGCCGUCCUGGCAAUCGUAACUUAUUUCUUUCUUAUCGUCGUCCAAAUUAAAGACGAAGACGCCCAGCGUUUGGAACUCAACAUAACGCUCGCCCCUUUUUGCGGCAGCGAGCAGGCGGUCGCGAUGUACCACAGCAGCACCCAGAAGACGCACUGGACCUUUAGGACGGAGGAGGAGAUUGCGGCGUUAAGGCGGGAGGCCAACGAGAAGUUCAAGACGAAGCUCAGGAAGAAUGCUAAGGGCCCCGUCAACGACUCUUUGCUUCUCUCCCCGUCGGAGGAGCUCGCCCUGUGUCGUCACUACGAGCGCUGCCUCCAAGAUCUGUGCACCAAGUUCAAGCCGCCCAUGCCCCGCUCCACACAGGCUAUCGCCUGCUGCUACUUUAAGAGGUUUUAUCUCAACAACUCGGUGAUGGAAUAUCAUCCACGCAACAUCCUGCUGACGGCCGCCUUCCUGGCGUGCAAGGCGGACGAGUUCAACGUGUCGAGCGCGCAGUUUGUGGGCAACCUGCAGCAGGAGGCGGAGAGCGGGCGCGAGCAGGCGCUGCAGCUGGUGCUGGCUCACGAGCUGCUGCUCACGCAGGAGCUGCGCUUCCACCUCACGGUUCACACGCCCUACCGCCCGCUGGAGGGCUUCCUCAUUCACAUCAAGACGAACUUUGCUGAAGUCGCGCAGGCCGAGGCUCUGCGUAAAGGGGCCGAGGAGUUCCUGCAGCGAGCGCUGUCGACGGACGCGUGCCUCCUCGCGAGCCCCGCGCAGAUCGCCCUCGCGGCCCUCCUCACCGGAGCAUCGCACACCUCCGUCUCCAUCGAGCGAUACAUAAAGGAGUGUCUGUGCGGUGACGAGUUCAAGGAAGACAUGACCUGUCUGAUGGACACCGUGCAGAACCUCCGGAAGAUGGUGAAGUGUGUGGAGCUGCCAAAAGCGGAGAUGGUGGUGACCAUCAAGCAGCAUCUGGAGCAGUGUGCCGCUCACUGCCAGGCCCUGGGUUCACCUUGUGGCCUGAAUAAGCGCAAGACCGCUCAAGAUGACCACUCGGACGGAAACAUGCAGAAAAAGGCCAAACUGCAAAAGGACGACAUCUCGAGCGAGGAGGAAUUUGACCUGCAGUGACGCUCGGGUGAUUGAGUGUCCCAUUCGGUUCCCUCUCAACACGCGACUCUCUUCUCAAACAAGCCGGGAAAGAUAAUCGCGACUCUCCGUUGUGUUUUUUUUGUAUUUUGUACCGCGUGCUCGGUUUGACGUCCCGACGUUUUCACCCCACGCGCUUCUCCAGGGAUGAAUUUUGCUUCGGCUCCAGAAUAAGCCCCACGGCUCCGUGGUAACGAAACGUCGUCGGGCACCGUGUGCCGAACCGCACGCGGUACAACUCAAAAACGCAACAACCGAGAGCCACGCGGAGGCGCAGCCGCGAAAAACCCCGCGCAGUGGAGAAACGUUGGGUGGUAUUCAUCGGCUGCAACGGGGGAACGUGUCCCGUCUAAGCUCCCAGCGUAAACGCUUUCCUUGGCUAGGAUCACGGGCUGCGGUGAGCACGUUUUGAAUGCUCGUUUCUCAGCCUGCCAUUUUGUACGUUUGUAUUAUAAAUUAAUGUCGUUACUCGAUUUCAGGGUUGGGAAACCGUUCCCCCCUUGGGAAGGGCAUUUCAAAUACCUUUCGACAAAAGUUACGUGGUUACUUUUCCUUUAGCUCGGUAAACCGUUUUCAAUCAAAUGCAUCAAAACGAGUCUUUCAGAGAUGAGCGUGAUUAGCAACAUGUCUUAACGAGUUGUACCUGGUUUUAUUGCGGAUACAUUUUGUUAAUAUUAACAGCUGCAAUGGAAACGGAAACCAGAGCCAGUGUUUGAACUUGUACUUUUUUUGAGUUUGGUGGCUUGCUAUCAUUGGAAAGUAGAAUCGUAGAAAAUGCAAGGACGAAAUUAGAAUUCGGCACUGCCAUCUGCUGCUCACAAUGUCGCCGUGCAUAUUUUUAAACGAAUGACUGUCAAGUUGAAAUUAAACAAUUUCAAUAACAA